AUGACUGAAAUGUCCUCUGUGUUAGGAGUCUCACUGUGGGAUCAAGAAGCCAUCAGAAAAGAUGUUGAUGUGAAACCACAGCCCCUCACGCAUGUUGAUGUUAGCACACGUGACUCCCUCAGUGAGAAGACCCAGCUGAUGGAGAUCAGUGCCUCCCUGGUAGCAAGCUUCCUGGCAGGGCUGGUGAAGGUGGGGGGGUCAGGCAGCUACCUGAAGGACACAUUGUCCUCCAUGCGACAGUGCAGGGCCACAAUGUACUACAAACAAAUGACUGAGUUCAAGCAGCUGACUAUGACCCAGCUGGGCAAAGUGAUAUACCCCGAAGUGUUUGACCAGAAGAGUGCCACCCAUGUGGUGACAGGAGUACUGUAUGGGGGUGAGGUCUUCAUGGUUUCGGGAAAAUUGAAGCUGACAGACAAGGAGAUGAAGAAGGUGCAGAAGUUCAGCUGCACGUUCCACGGCGAUUUAGCGCUGGAGAACAACCCCACCACUUAUGAGGAGGCCGUGCAGUUGUACAAAAAGCUCCCGGAGCUGAUGGGGGAUGGGAGUAAAGCGGUGCCUGUGAAGGUCUGGCUCUAUCCUCUUACAAAACUGGACAGAAGAGCAGCCCAGCUGGUCACCAAGAUCAGUGUGGAUCUGGUGACACUUUUGGAAGUCAGGAUGGGCCAGUUACACAAGGCCCAAAUGAGAGCCGACGAUGUCAUACAACGAUGUGAGGCCAUUAAGGUCACAUAUUUAACAGAGAACCUGGUCAAAUUCAAAAACAGAUUGGCCACUUACAAAGACACCCUCCAGAAUAAUCUGAGCAAACUUCUGCCAGCUAUCCGGGAUGGGACAGAGGGGGAAGAGAAACUGGUGGCCACUCUGAAAUUCAUCGAUGAGUCAUCAUUCACUCCUGACAAGAUGAGAAAAUGGCUUGAUGAUAAAGAGUCUGAAGUAGGGGUGCUGGAAAGCUACAUCAAGAGUCUAAAGAGCUGUGACAUUGUGCCACCUGGACCGCAGAGGCCCAGGGUCUCAGUCCACACUGCUUCUGGACCAGCUGCCACUCGCCAACUCAUCCGCAUCCUGGGCGACGACAAAGACUUUGGCCAUCGAGUUCCAGACUUUGGCGACCUCGGCUGGUUGAUACCACAUUGCGUUACAAAUGCCGCGUUCUACAGCGGUCUGCCUGAUCGAAUACACGAUGAACUGACCACCUGUGAGCUGCCCUCUAGUCUGGACGGACUGAUUGACCUGGCCAUCCACGUGGAUUCACGCCUGAGGGAUCGACAUUGUGAGACGUACCAGGGAAACCCGGCGACCCCAGAACUACACUCCUAG